GUUAUUGUUUGGGCUUCUUCAACAUGGCAGCCGCGGGCUGCCUCUUCCAGAGAACCCUGGCUCGGUCCAGACCCGGUACUAACAAGGCAUCUCCAUCCUCUUCGGUUGUCUGCAGGGAGUUCCUCUAUGUGGUGGACUUACAGCGCUAUACCAGGGACCAGGGCUUCCCCGUCUACUUCCCCCAGGCCGUCCUCAAAGGUGACGACUUGUACGACGCCACAUUGAGUGAUGGGGACUGCCGGGUUCAGGUGACUAUGGAUCCUGGUCUGAACCGGCUGGUGGAGAGGAACAUCCUGCGGCCUGGGCUUGCAGUGAGACACGCCACCUUCAGCACUGCCAUUACCGCACAGCUCCCAGAGUGCUCCGGGGCCUUUGGGGAAGGAGCCAGCUACAGGCUGGUGAGCCUGGAGGUGAUGGACGAGGAUGAAGAAGUCGGGGUCAGAUGGUCGGAUGUGGACUGGGACUCUUUGCCCUGGUUUGGAUCCUCAAAAACUGAAGCAGGUCCUUUGGUUCCUCUGAGAGCCAGCAGGACCGUCUUUCUCCCUCUGUGGAACAAUGUGGACUACAGCGGGGAGGUGUGGAUGGAAGCCACUGAUAAAGAGACAGCGGGUCAGGAAGCAGAAGAAGAGCCAGAGGAAGGACGAUGUCCUGCUGUGACCAUAUCCGAGUUGCGUGAGUCCUACCUGUACGGUUGCCGUGGCAUCGCCAGAGGCGCCGUCCAACACGAACUGAUUGUACGCAUCAUCAAAAAAUCACAUCUCAUGUAUUACGGGAGAACAAACCGGAACUGUGAGUGUCCUUAUAAGGCGGUGCUGGAGGUGAAUGAUCGGACAGGAAAUGUGUGGGUGGUGUUGUGGAACAGUGUAUGUGUCAGCUGGUACCGCUGCCUCAAGCCCGGUGACAUCAUCAGCCUGAGACGCUAUCGAGUCAAACAGCAUUACCAGGCUGAGCUCAACGACAUAGAGAUCAGUGUGAACAGCAGAAAUCCUGCUGCACGGAUUUCUGUCCUCCAAGAAUCCACUGUUUCACCUGACUAUCUGCCGCCUGCACCCACCUACAGCUUCUACAACAGUAAGGAGCUGCUGGACUGCCCUAACGGUGCUGAAUGUGAUGUUAUUGGCCUGCUGAUGUUCUCAGGACGGCCGGAGCGAAUCAGGAGCAAGGAUGGCAGAGGGGUGGAGCUUCUGGAGUAUCGCUGGCUACGAUUGGAGGACGGGACGAGUGAGCAGCCAGUCAUGGUGAAACUUUUCUCCACGUCUCAGCCAGAAACCCACCUGAGGCUGUACCCACUGUCCGUGGUUGUUUGUACACGACUGAAGGUGGUCAGGUCCUCGGAUCAAGGUCACAACUGCUUCUACCUGACCAACACCACCUACACACAGGUGUACUGCACAGGCCUGGGGCACCACUCAGAGAUGAGUUACCGCAGGCUCCGCCCAGUUCGGCAGUUCCUCCAGUGGCUGAGGAGCCAGGACGAUGAAGAGGUGCUGAACAGGGCUCUGAUUGGAGGCUUCUUCAUCUACCCGCCCCCUCCGGUCUCCUUGGAAACAUACAUGAAGGACAAGAGAGGCGAGCUGGGAUUCCUGCAAGGGGCGGAGCUUAAGAGGGAGGUGGAGCGGCUCUGUUACAGGGAGAGACACACGUUCUGUAUCCAGGCUACCAUCACCAUGGUUACUUAUAGCCGCAGAGGAGAGGUAACAGCUAGUGCACAAUUAUCUGUUAUGUAAAUGUAAACUUCUUUACUUUGUGAUCUGAUCUGUAAACAGUUCAUUAUUUUACAUUUCUCAUCUGUUCUAACAAAAAU